UAUAAGCGAUAUAGAUUUCAGACGGAAAUUUCGAGAAAGCGUGAUUGUAAUUUCUACAACAAAAAGAUCAAACAAAACAAAAUCAAGCCCAUUACACGAACUGAGAAGCAAAAUUACCGGAUAAAAUGGCCAAGUGGGGCGAGGGAGAUCCACGAUGGAUUGUAGAGGAACGACCGGAUGCGAAAAAUGUCAACAACUGGCACUGGACAGAGAAGAAUGCUACAGGUUGGUCGAAAGAUAAAAUUAAAGAAUUGUUGAUGGGCCUUGUGGUAGAGACAGCAGAUGCUAAAUGUGAAAUAACAUCAGUGACCAGUAUUGAAGGGGAGGCUUCGGCUAACAACAGAAAGGCUAAACUUAUAUUCUUCUAUGAAUGGGUUAUAAAAGGAGAAUGGUCUGGGCGUAUGAAGGAAGGAGAGAAGAAAUACAAGGGCAAAUUUGAUGUACCAAAUCUCAGUGAAGAAAAUGAAGCAGACGAAGUUGAUGUAAAUUUUACUGUUGACAAAGACACUGGUGAUGGACCAAAACUGAAGGAGAUAAUGAGGACUGUCGGCACAGGGGUAAUGCAGGAACAGUUUGCAAAGUAUAUCAAGACCUUAAAAGAAGAAUACAGCCAUAAUGUGAUAUUACCUACAAAAGAUGAGAAGAAGAAAACAACUAAAGAAGAAGUGAUAAAUGCGAAGGAGGAGAUGAACAAAAUGAUGAUCAGCAAUGAAGCUCCUUCAAACAAAUCAGUCGGCGUGAAGAUCGCAACAAAAACAUUGUCUACACAAGAGGAUUUUGUCUGCAGCCCACCAGAACUAUACAGAGUAUUUACAGAAAAACAGAUGGUACAAGCUUUUACAGGUGGUCCAGCAAUAUACGAGGUGGAGAAGGGAGGCAGAAUUUCCUUAAUGAAUGGCUUUGUAACGGGAGGAUUUGUUGAUUUGGAGCCGAAUAAAAAGAUAGUGAAAAGGUGGCGAUUAAAAACGUGGCCAGAUGCACAUUUCUCAGAAGUGACUUUAGAAUUUGAAGAAAAUGAUGGUAAUACUUUGUUGAAACUGAAACAAACUGGAGUACCUGCUAAUGAAUAUGAGAAAACUCUGGAAGGCUGGAGAGUGAACUAUUGGGAACGUAUUAAACAAGUUUUUGGAUACGGAGCAAAUAUUUUUUAAUGAUCAGCUUUGUUGUUAAGGGUAUUUACGUUUUUGAAGCAAGAUGUACCACACUUUACAUGGUUACAAAGACUGCACCGCUGAGCUGAUGUGGCUUAUUUGGAUAUGGCAACUAUUCAUUGUUGAACAUGCUGAUCAGUCGUCUAUUUGUACAAGGAAAUAAAACAGCUGUCAGGCA